AUGAAUCUGCAUAAUCUCAACCAUUGCGAAUCGUUGACUUCUUUCCAUUCAGCCACCCAAAGCCAACAUCAGAACCAAGUUGGAGCAUCACCUAAGAACAACAAGAAAAAUUAUUUAAAACUCAAAAUCUUUACAAAAAGAAUAAUCAAGAAAUUUGAUGUAAAUGAGAAGGGUAUCAUAAGCGUAUUUAAUCGACAUGCAAGUUUUCUUGGUGUUCAGGAAAACAAAAGCAACCUGAACCAAACGAACAGGGUGCUGCUGUUGUCGAUGCUAAUGAUGAAGGCGAUUUAUCAUUUAUUAAAUUACAUUUAG